AUGUUGAGUCUGGUGGUCGCUCUCUCGGCCGUGUUGGCCACUGGUUUGGCACAGACCGCCACUAACAGAUUCCCUGACGGUUUCAUGUUGGGCGCCGCCACGGCUGCCUAUCAGAUAGAAGGGGCCUGGAACGAGGAUGCACUGAUCGUCUUCUCCAGCGCAGCGGCAGGCGUGCUGAUUCGCACACUCGAGUGUGAGAAGGAAUGCGUCGUCAGCCGCGUCCGUUGUGCAGGUCAGGACCCAACAGCGAGUAGUGCGGGUGGCCAGGCUGCGAACCUGCAGGCGCCAGCGUGCGAUAGCUCACUGACAGCUGGUGCGGCCCGCCCCGAGAGGGACGUGCGCUUCAGUGGGUGCCGACAGCGUACCGUGGCGGUGGGCGCCGUGGAGGCGGGUGCACAGGACCCAAACCAGCAGCACAGCGUACUGACAGAGAGGCGGUACUGCCAGGCGGACGUGUACCGCUUCUCGAUAUCCUGGCCACGUGUCCUUCCAACUGGAGAUCUUGACGUCAUCAACCAGGCUGGCAUCGACUACUACAACAACCUCAUCAACGAGCUGCUCGCCAAUGGAAUUCAGCCUUUGGUGACUAUGUACCACUGGGACCUGCCGCAGGCGCUGCAGUACCUCGGGGGCUGGCCCAACGAGCUGAUGGUCGACUACUUUGUGGAGUACGCCAGGAUACUAUUCGAAAACUUUGGGGACAGGGCAUGGCUCCCUCACAGAACGCCUCCGGAAUCGGCGACUACCUGUCCCCACACACUGCUCAAGGCGCACGCACGCGUCUGGCACCUGUACGACGAGCAGUACAGAGCGACACAGAACGGUAGCGUGGGUAUCACACUUAACAUUGAAGGUCUUGAGCCGGCUACUAAUUCGACAGAAGAUGCAGAAGCUAGCGACAGAGCCCGUCAGUUCCAGAUGGGCAUUUACGCUCACCCUAUCUACAGUGCAGGAGGGGACUAUCCGGCUGUGGUGAGAGAGAGGGUGGACGCCAACAGCGCAGCAGAGGGGAGACCGCGGUCCAGGCUGCCGUCCUUCACGCAGGAAGAGGUCCAGUACAUCAGGGGAUCAGCAGACUUUAUUGGACUGAAUCACUACUCCACAGACUUCGUGACUUCUGGAGUGACUGGUAUAUCGCCCUCCAAAGCCCGUGAUUCCGGCGUCAUCACUUCAUAUAACGAGGCAGUUCCUUGGGGAUUCCGAAGUUUACUGAACUGGAUUGCUAACGAAUAUCCUGGAUAUCCGAUAUUUGUAACAGAGAAUGGUCUGAGGAAUUCAGGAGGACGGAACGACACUGACAGGAUCGACUACUAUAUCGGUUUCUUGGGAGCUCUUCUGGAAGCAGUGAACGUUGACGGAGUUCCAGUGAUUGGGUACACGACGUGGACUCUUAUGGACAACGUGGAAUGGAGUUUGGGAACCAGGGCAAAGUUUGGUCUGUACGAGGUGGAUUUCAGCAGCCCAAACCUAACGAGAACGCCCAAGGAAUCGGCCGGCUUCAUAGCAGAAGUCUACGGGAGCAGAGAGCUGCCAGAGCAAUACUUUCGGUAGGAAGAGCUCAUAGAUGAGUCUGUGAGAGAAAUAAGUUACAUGUUGUAUGUUAUUUCAGGAACUUCUGAAUGUAUUGGGUAACUGAUUACAAAACCAGCGUCAAUACCAGAAGUCUAAGGAAGCAGAGAGCUACCAGAUCCGUACUUUCGGUAGAAAAAGUUCAUAGAUGUAUCUAUAAGUGAAGAAGGUUUUAAACCAUAUGUAACUUCAGAAACUACUGAA